UUGCCUCGUGAGUGGGCUCUGCGGGGCCGAGGUGCGGGCCGCACUGGCAGCUCAGUGAGUUGCUCUUUGGAGUUCCGAUCCUAAACGACCUGUCCUGUCCUUUGUACGUUCUAGGUUGGGUCCGCCCCGCACCUAAGGCAGGAAGAUGGUGGCCGCAAAGAAGACGAAAAAGUCGCUGGAGUCCAUCAACUCUAGGCUCCAACUCGUUAUGAAAAGUGGGAAGUACGUGUUGGGGUACAAGCAGACUCUGAAAAUGAUCAGACAUGGCAAAGCGAAACUGGUCAUCCUCGCCAACAACUGCCCAGCCUUGAGGAAGUCUGAAAUAGAAUACUAUGCUAUGUUGGCCAAAACUGGUGUCCAUCACUAUAGCGGCAAUAAUAUUGAAUUGGGCACAGCGUGUGGGAAAUACUACAGAGUGUGCACACUGGCUAUUAUUGAUCCAGGUGAUUCUGAUAUCAUUCGAAGCAUGCCAGAACAGACUGGUGAAAAGUAAAUCACGUAAAAUUUUUCGUUAAUAAAAUUGGCUAGAGCUUGUUUUAAAAA